UUGGAUUGGCGACGGACCCAACAAAUGCCGGAGCUCCAUGUCCGUGCGGUGAGCGGUCGGAACCUGUAUGACGCCCAGACGUUUGGGAAGCAGGAUCCGUUCUGCAAGGUCCAAGUGGGGAACCAAGUACAGAAGACCAAGGUGCAUGACAACGGAGGCCGUUUCCCUGUGUGGAAUGAGAAGUUCAUCUUCCGGGUGAACGAUCCCCAACUGGAGCAAAUCGUCAUCACGAUCGAAGACAAGAAUGUCGUGGACAAUGCGUACAUUGGCCAAUGCCGCGUCCCCGUCAAUUCCUUCCUUCAUGGUCAAGUUGUGGACCAAUGGUACCCCGUCACUCGCGGGAAGAAUCACCGCGGCGAAAUCAACCUUCGCGUGCAGUUGAUGGGAUUGCCAGGUCAACCUGGUGUCGCACCUCCCGGUGGCUACCAAGCUCCCGUCCCUGCAUACCCCGCUCAACCUGCUUACCCUGGCCCCCCACAAGGAUAUGCUCCUCCCCAGCAACAUGGCUAUCCUACCCCACAAGCUCCUCCGCAGGCAGGGUACACCGCCCCGCAACCGUCGUAUCCUAGCGCCCCCUCUGCCCCAGCCCCGCCUGCGUACCCCGGUGCGCCAAGCAAUCCGUCGUCCCAAUUGCAGCAGCAACAAGCUCAAAUUCAACAGCAACAGCAGCAGCUGAACCAGCAGCAACAGCAAGCGAUCCAGCAGCAGCAAGCCCAACUACAACACCAGCAGCAGGAAUUGCAGCAGCAGCGAGCCCAGUUGGCCCAGCAGCAAGCCAACAUGGCCGCCGCGGCCCAGCGACCUCCGCAAUACGCGCCCCAACCACAACCAAUGUACAGCCAGCCCAUGUACGCGCAGCCCCCGCCGGUGUAUGCGCAGCCGCCCCCGGUGUAUGUGCAGCAGCCGCAAGCAGUGUACAUGCCCCCUCCAGUGGUCGUAGGUCCGCCUGUGGUGGUGGGAGGUCCCAUGUACGGCAAUCCCUAUGGCUACGGCUACGGUGACAACGGAGGCGGGGUUGGCCUUGGUCUAGGCCUGGGCGUGGCUGGAGGCGUCCUGCUUGGCGCGGCCUUGUCGGAUGACGGUCACGGGUUUUACGGUGGCGAUGGCGGCUUCUUCGGCGGCGACGGCGGCUUUUUCGGCGAUUAAUUAGGCACCUCUUCUUGAAGACAGUAGUCUACUUCAAGUAAAAUAAUACACUAUAGCAAUCACGUG